AUGUAUCACCAUGAUGCUCUUCAUCUCUUUAGUUUGAAAGCUUUUAAGCAAAAUCAGCCAUUCAAAAACUACUUGGAGUUAUCAAAGCAGGCAGUGUAUUAUUGUCAUGGAAAUCCUUUAGCUCUAAAAGUGUUGGGUUGCUUUCUUCAUGGCAGAGGAAAAGAAGUAUGGGACAGUGCUCUGACAAAACUAAAUCAUACUCUUCACAAGGACAUUUUUAAAGUGUUGAAAUUGAGUUUUGAUGGACUUGAUGAUGACAUGCAGAAGAAUGUAUUUCUUGACCUAGCAUUUUUCUUGAACGUAGGACAUGGGAUUUCUCUAGAUUGUACAAGAGGCUUAUAUGGCUCUCAUGCACGUAUUGAGAUAAGUGUACUUAAAGAGAGAUCCCUCAUUUCAGUGGAUAGAUAUGGUAAUAUUGAGAUGCAUGCUCUAUUAGUGGAGAUGGGGCUUGAAAUUUCUCAGCAACAAUUAAUAUCUAACCCUGAAAAACCCAUUCGACUUUGGAGACCCCAGGAUGUUUUUCAUUUCAUGAAAAAUGACAAG